UACAAACAAAAAAUGAUAUAAUAUAAAUAUUAUUGAUAUUCAUUAGAAUGAUAAUACAGUGUUAAUGCUAAAAAAGAUCAUCGUUUAACAGUUGGCAUGGUAAUUGAGUGUUAAACAUGGCUCAGCUUGAUGAAGCCUCAAAAGUGCUUGGGAAACCACAGAUCAUUUGCCACAACGAGAGGUCUCUCAACUUCUCCGUUUUUGAUGGUAAAUGGGUUCCCUGUUCAGCCAAAUUUGUCAUUGUCGGAUCAAAACCGAAAGGAAAUGGCAUUAUACAGAUAUAUGAAAUGACCUCUGGCGAUAGCUCUAUCGUGAAGCAGACCGAGAAAGAGCACUCCUUUAAAUGUUGCACUUUUGGAGCUACGAGUUUGCGAGAUCGUCACCUUGCUACAGGAGAUUUUAACGGCAAUCUUGACAUAUGGGAUCUGGAGAACUUAAAUUCUCCUGUUUACCAUGCUAAUGCUCAUGAGGCAAUUAUUAACUGUAUGGAUGGUAUCGGAGGCCAGACAGUAGGAUGCGGUUCACCGGAAAUAGUAACUGGAAGUAGAGAUGGUCUUGUGAAGCUCUGGGAUCCAAGACAAAAAGAUGUUCCAGUGGCUGUGAUGGAACCUACUGACUACGAGCAAAAAAGAGACUGUUGGAGUGUCACCUUCGGCAAUUCCUAUAACAACCAAGAGAGAAUAAUUUGCGCCGGAUACGAUAAUGGAGACAUAAAGAUGUUCGACUUGAAAAAGAUGUCUGUCCGCUGGGAAACCAACGUUAAAAAUGGGGUUUGUGGACUUCAGUUUGACAGAAAAGAAAUUGAAAUGAACAAGCUGGUAGCAACCACCCUCGAGUCCAAAUUUUUUGUCUAUGAUCUCAGAACCCAACACCACAAAAAAGGAUUUGCCUGCUUGAGAGAAAAGGCACACUCAUCGACUAUCUGGGAGGUGAGCCAUCUACCACAAAACCGAGAAUUGUUUAUGACAUGCGGCGGCAAUGGAAGCCUCUACCUUUGGAAAUACAAUUAUCCUGAUAAAAGAUUUUACGAAGAUACAAACGGGGACAAAGUCGGGGUUGUGGGCAGCCUGGAGCUUUUGCAAAAUUGUUUCUUGACAACUCAGCCGAUCUCCUCGUUUCACUGGAGCCCUGACAAAAUUGGACUCGCUCUCGCUACCUCGUUCGACCAAUCUUUCAAAGUUGUAAUCGUUACAAAAUUAAAUACAUUUUAGUAGGUUACUACUGAUUUUUAC